CGGUUGCUCCGCUUUUCACCCCUUGGCCCUUUGCCAUGGCGCGCAGAGAGCGGCGCGCCAAGCGGAUGGCAGAUUGGUAUGGACUUGCCGUGGAAGGUGAGCGCGGCGCUGCGGCAAAGAAGCAGUGUGUUGCGCGAGCCGAAGAGGUCGCUGACAAGCUUCCUCCAGGAGCUGCGAAAGGUCUGCAAAAUGCAGCACCUUCAGGCCCGGAAGGCAUUGAUCCAAUAACCAUGGAGCGGCUUCUGAGCCAGGUGCAAAAAGGUGGUCCUUCGGUACAAAACGAAGCGCUCGUCGCAGUGACAGGCCUUCCGCCACAGCAUGCGGCAAAGCUCUUGGAGUUUGCCCUUGAGAAGUCCAAGGAGCUACGGGACCCGUCGAUGUAUAUGGUGUCCACGGUGGCAAGGGGCUUCAAGCCCAGAUGGCACGAAAUGGUGGAGGCCUCUGUCCCUUCCAAAGGAUGGUUCGACGCGUUGCAAAGACGCAAGGAAAAGGCGUACAACUUGAGCUGGCGCAAGAUCGAAAGCCGCACAAAGCCAGGAGUGUUCUACUGGGAGAAUUUUCACACAGGCCAGAGAUCAGUGGACGACCCGCGACGUCCGGUUUCUCCUUCCCCUGUGCGUUUGUUUUCGCUUGCUCGCGCCGCCCGGUGUGACAGGGUGAUGUUUGUUUUGUUUUUGCUUGCUCGCGCCGCCCGGUGUGACAGGGUGAUCUUGCUUUUGCAUAGCUUUGCAUCUUUGCGCGCCGCCCGGUGUGACAGGGUGAUGUGUGUUCUCUUUUUGCUUGCUCGCGCCGCCCGGUGUGACAGGGUGAUGUUUUUUU